CCCUUGUUGAGCUGUUCUAGUGAUAACUUUCCUUCUCCCCUCUUCCACCUCACCCUUUACCAUCCCUCUUCCGUCCUCCACCUACGAAAGGACGACUUACUGUCAAGACGUCAAGAAUACUGCGCGCCGCGAGCGUUCGAGGCUCGACAUUAUAAGUCCUGGGCACGGGCCUUGGCUUUGACUUUUUUGACCGCGGCCCGACACGUUAAAGAGCACCCUACACGCCGUCAUCGACUCUAUCAACCAUGGGCCCUUCACUGAGAGGUCAUACCUCUAUGACCUCAAUGGCUCGUCCACAGACACGAGAGACAAACCGGCCGACGACGAGAGAACAAGUAGUCGACAACGCCAUGGUUCCGAGCAGAACCUCGUCGCUGCAUUCUCGAAUUACGCAGCCUCUCCCGUCGACGUUGGCCAAAUCCAAUAACCGACCCACCCCAAAGACCCUUACGCAUGCUUACAUGGUAUGUGGUGUUGGACGAGAACCCUCUCAAUGGGUCAAAGCGCCGCCACCAUCUUUUGGGAAAAUACAACACAUGAAAGGAGCCGUUGGCCAAUUUUGGCUCCCAGAGAUCUUGGGAAGCAGCCCACGACUGGAAAGUGACAAUGAAAUUGCGAGAGCCCUGCACAGUGCUAUGAGAGCCUGCUUCCCGCACGAUGUCGAAAUCUGCACUGGACGUAGCCAGCCACACUGCGUGCACCAUUCAUUUGUCCUGCAACAAGAUUCACAGCAUACUCUUUAUGGGAUCGCUUUGCGGGUCUGGUCUCGAGCAGAUGAGAAACGUGCCGAGACCAUUCGUGACCUACGACGAAAGACCGAGCCUGACUACAGAGAUGUUGCCGACGAGACGUACUGGAUUCCAUACUGCCUGAGUUUCUUGUCGAGAUAUCCAUUGUACAACUUACUCGGCGACUACCUACGGGGAAUGUGGAUCCACUGGAACAAAGCUACCAACCUAUUCCACGCUGAAGAAGUCUCCAGGAUUCUCAGCUUCCCAGCACCACGAUUGAACGACCUCGUCCGCAUUGACAUGAAAGAUUACGCGCUUUGCUAUCAGUUCCCCUCCUCGCCCACUGGCUUUCAGAACUUUGCCAUGUGGCCCCUCUUCAGUUGUUUGUCCAUCCCUAAUAUUGUGGGCCUCGUCGAAGCGGCUGUAUCACCAACGCGUCGGAUCAUCCUGACCAGUCAUCAUCCAGCUAUGCUGACCAUUGCGGCUGAGACUAUAAGAUUCUGCGUUCGAGUCUACGAGUGGAGUGGUCUCUAUGUGCCAGUCGUCCAUGCUCGAAACGUCGGCGAGAUGGUUCAAGAACCCGGCCCAUAUAUCCUCGGUAUAACGACUGAAUGCCGGUCUCUCUUCCAGCCACCCAAAGAUGCUUUGUUGGUUGACUUGGAUCGCAAUCUUGUCAUCACGGAUCAUCCACCUAACGUCCUGACCGCCGGCCAACGCAACAAGUUCAUCAACCGGCUGUCUCAGGCCUUGAAUAGUGAUGUCGAGAUUAGCGGCGUGCCACAGCAUCUCAAAUCUGCCUAUGGUGGUGGCAAGCUUAUCCCUGCUGGCCAAAUCAUCGUCCUCCGCGGUGAGGUGGAAAGUGUCCAAGAUCCUUCAUGGUGGAACCAAGAUGCCAUCAUGGCGAUCAUGGACCAUGUCUGUGAGAAGCUUGGCCGCAAUACCGGUGUCAAGGCUUUAUUCAACGGCUCUAUGAAGAAACCCCUGAUGACCAAGAUUUCCAUGAGACACAUGAAUGAAAUCGUUCGUGAACGUAACCAAUACUCGCGUGAUGCAUUGGAAGCAUGGCAAGACUUCAUCAACCUCAAGGGCCGCAUGGACACGGAGCUCGCCAAGGUUGCCAAGCGCAACAACUAUCUCGAGCAAGAAGUCGAGACAUGGAAAUUGCAAUUCCAGAAAUUCCAAGCAUUCGUCGAGUCCCUCAACAAGGAAUUGGCUGAACUUCGAGUCAAGAUUGAAUCUCACAAGCGUGAGAACCGCAGACUCACCGGCCUUAUCGACCAACAGAAGGAUGACGCUGCUCGUCUUGCUCUCAGACUCUCUGGUACAGAGAGACAGCGUGACAAUGCUCUUGAGGCGCUUGUCCUUCAACAAGGCAUCGCUGAGGACCUCGAGAAGGAGCGUUCUCGCAAUCGGAAGGAGAUUGCUGCCUUGCAACACACCAAUCAGACCCUGCAGAGACAGCGGGACGAGGCUCAGCGUGUUGUUCUGCAUCUCCGUUCGCUCAUUACCGGCCAAACACAUCAUAUGGAACAUAUUGUCCGAUCUAUCGGAUCUGCCUCGGAGCUAGCCGAGUACAUCCACGAAGGCUAUGACGACGAAGAGGAGGACGCCGAGGAGGAGCAAGAAGCUAGCGACCAAGUUGGCGAGCCUGUCGACCGCCUAAAGAACGUGACAAAUCGCUCUUCCAAACGUGCAUCUCGUGCCGUUUCGAUCGAUGGCCAAGAUGUGACACCGUCCAUGGAGAGCAAACUCCUUUCCGCCAGCAAGCGCACAAGCAAACGCUACUCUGACCUGAGCAUGUCCGACGUGGCCGAUCGCCAUCUGCGGGACAAGACCGACGCCAUUGCCGACAUUAUCCGGAACAUCAGCGAACAAUGCGCCGCGGCCGUCGAAGGACUCCAGCUCGCCAACGAAGCAGCUGACAUCGAAGGCGAGGAAGAGCAAGACCAAAGUGAAGUCGUCGAUGAGCCUGGCAUCUCGCCGUCGACUACGCACACGCGCGAGGACAGCGGCAACUUGUCGCCCGUGGAACAUCUCAGUACUGACUCGCGCACCGGCACAGGGCACUUGACGCCUCAGAGUGAGCGGAGUUCCAUCCCGCCGACCCCGGACUUGGUCCAUCAGCGAUCUAGCACAGCGUUGAGCAUGGCUAGCACUGCACCGACCAACUACACGGCUCGCGAGAGCUUGAACCAGAACACUCGCGGUAUUGACCGGACGAAGAUUGUCGAGGAUGAGGAUGCUGAUCGUGCGCAUGUGGUGGCUGCCAUUGGCGGCGGUAGUGUCAAGGGCGACGAUGAGAGCGUCAAGCAACCUCCUGGCCGGGGUGCGCCUUUGAGCCGGGUGAUCGAGGCAUGAAUCAUGGAAUUGAUCUGAUCUGAUACUAUUAUACACUUUUUCGCAUUGGGUUCGGGAUAUGCAUGGAGCUUUGGCGCGACUGCGGGAAUCAGGGGCUGGGGCUGAGGCUGAGGCCGGGGCAGUCCUAUCUGUGGGAUAAUGUGUUCCUGUUUGAUAUCUCAUGGUUCUCAUAUGUGAGGCUUGUAAUCAAUGGCAUAUCGCCUUUGCAUUUUCUGUCAUUUUGCACGAGUCUGAUGGUGCUAUCCGUACAGAAGACAUCGAGAUUGAUUUGUUUUUCAGAGAUGUCCACAGUAAACGGCACCUGGUCUAUCUGUUACUUGGUCAUAAUUGAU